GCGCGCUCAAUACAACGUGCAGCAGGUGGCGCCAUACACAGAGCAUGGAACUAGUCAGCUGCGCACACUAGGUACAUGUACACGUAGCUAGCAAAACACGACAAGAAAAGAGUGGUGGUGUGGCGCGCUGUGGAAGAGAGAUGUUCAGGCUACCAGGCCUCUUUUUGGGAGGAUCAUUAGGCUGGCUGAUGACACCUGACAAUGCACCAUGAGUAAAAGUCGCAAUAAGCAAGUACCCAAAGACGGAGCGCCGACUGCCAAGCGGGCACGUCUUGGUACUCCACCAUCCUCAGAAGAUGACAUUAGUGACACUCACGAGGAGAACCUGAGUCAAGUUGCAGAUUUUGAGACAGGGACGGAGGCAGAGUAUGGCAUCAUUGAGCAUGUGAGUAUGAAAAACUUCAUGUGUCACAAGCGUCUGGAGUUCAACUUUGGUCCAAACGUCAACUUCAUAGUGGGACGAAAUGGAAGUGGGAAGAGUGCUGUUUUGACAGCUAUCGUUGUUGGACUUGGAGGGAAAGCAACAGCCACCAACAGGGGCAGCUCAAUUAAGAACUUCAUCAAGGACACGGAACAACAAGCAGAGAUCACCAUCAAACUGCGUAACCGGGGACUGGACUCGUACAAACCUGAGGUGUACGGGUCAACCAUCAUCGUGGAAAGACGUCUGAAAGCAGACGGCAUCUCCAGCUAUAAAUUGAGAGCCAAAGAUGGGAAGGUCAUCUCGCAGAAGUAUGCUGAACUACAGCAGAUAAAGGACCAGUUCAACAUUCAGAUUGAUAAUCCCAUGUCCAUCUUGAAUCAAGACACAAGUCGAAACUUCCUUCACUCUCAAGAUCCCAAAGACAAGUACUCGUUCUUUCUGAAAGCCACCCAGCUGGAGCAGAUGUCCAAUGACUAUGCUAAUAUCCAGCAACACAGGGACAUGAUGCAAAACACUCUAAGCAGGAAAGAGGAGAUUCUCCCUGAGUUACAGCGGGAGGUAUUUCAAAAUGAGCAGCGCUUUAAAGACCUGGAUUCCAUUCAGAAACUGCAGAAGAAGCGAGAGGAACUGUUGCAUAUGUCUGCCUGGGCACAGGUGGCUGCAGAGGAGAAAGUUUUGGAUGCCAUGCAGAAGGAGUUAAGACAGGAAGAGAGUCGCACACCUAAGUUUGAUGAAAAGAUUGAGGCUUCAGAGGCCAAGGUAGCCAGCAGAGAGACUCACUUCCGUGACUUGCAGGACCAGCUGACUGAGCUUGGUGAAAAGAUAAAAGAGCUUCAGCCACAACAUGCCAUGGCCAAGGCAGAAAUGGAUAAAGCCAAAAGGAAGGAGCGAGAUGUAGAGAAGAAGAUUCGGUCCAGUCAGAAUCAGUCUAGGAGCUUGAGUGCAGACAAGAACGACUUGCAGCAAAGAAUCAGUGAACUCAAGAACAGCGCUCGCCGAGAUUAUGAAGAUGAGCGGAAGAAACGGGAAGCUGAGAUCCAGAAGCUGCAAGCCCACAUCCAAGCUCAAGAGGCACAGCAUAGCACCGUGGAGCAAGACUUGAAACAGUUUAUAUCUGCCCUUGAUAGAGCCAAGGAACAGACAUACGGGCUUAAAACCAGGGAUGCAGACCUGAAGCAGAACAUCGACAGCAAGACUAGACGGAUCCAUCACUUGGAAGCUGGUCGCAAGGAUCGCCUUAAGCUAUAUGGUGACUUCAUGCCAAACCUGUUGAAUGAGAUCAACAAGGCCAGCCAGCGAUGUAUGUUCCAUCAAAAGCCCAAAGGACCAAUCGGUAACCUUCUCAAGCUGAAGGAUCCACGUUGGGCCAUUGGCAUUGAGGCUUGCUUGAAACAACUUCUUUACAAGUUCUGCUGUCAUAAUUACCAUGACAUGAACAUCCUCAACCAACUGAUCGCUCGUUUUGUCCCUGAUAAGAAAAGACGACCAGGAAUCAUAGUGUCAGCCUUUCAGGGCCAGAGGUAUGACAUAUCACAAGGGGCAGUGCGAUGUGAGGAGUAUCCGUCACUGUUAGACAUGAUUGAUAUCGAGGACCCCACUAUCUACAAUUGCUUGAUUGAUCAGCGUGGUGUUGAAGGCAUUCUGUUGGUAGAGUCUAGCCAAGAUGCACGUAACCUCCUGCGGUUACAAACACCCCACAACUGCAGGGAAGCCUUCACCCUCAGCGGAGAUCAGGUCUAUGCUGGCCGCGAUCAGCGUUACUACUCUAAUCGGUACACCAAGGCUAGAGUGCUUCGUGGAGAUGUGGAGGAAGACAUCAGGGAAAUGCAAUGUGAGGUACAGCUGUUGCAACAGCAGCAGAAAGAUGUGCUGCAGCAGCUGAGGGAGCUAGACACGACCAUCAGGCAGAACGAGCAGCAGAAACGCCGAGUACAAACGCAACGACUGAAGCUGAAGCAAACCAUUAACCAGCUGGUCUAUGACAAGCAACAGCUGGAAGCCAUCGAGGACAUCCCCCCAGUGGAUGUUAGUACUCUGGAGGAGGAGGUAGCCACCCUGGACCGAGAGAUAGAGGCCAACCAGGCUGUGUUGGAUGACCUAGGGAUGCUGUACAAGGAGAUCCACCGGGAGUACGAUGCGCUGAAGCAGCGAUUCUCUGAACUGGAUGAGGAGAUGAAGAAUUUUGCUGACAGAGUGGAGCCGAUUAAGGAUGAUGUGCUGACCGCCAGUGCUGAAAUCGAAUCAGCCAAGAAUCAUCUGAAGCACUACACAAACAAGAAGAAGGAACACUUGGACAACCUGAAUGUAUUGAAGACCAGGCAAGACCGACAUGCAAAAGAGGUGGAGGUCAUGGUAGGGAAAGCAAAGCAGAUUCAUCCAGAGAGAGUUGUAACAGCCAGAAAACCCCAGAACAUUGACAGUGAAAUAGACCAGAUUACCAAAAGGAUUGAGAAAGAACAGCAAAGCAAGGGAGAUCCAGAACAGAUCAUCAGAAGGUAUGAUGAGACCAAAAGAAGCUACCUGAAGAUCAAGAAAGAGCUGACUAUGUUCCGCAGGUUUAUUGAGAAACUUGACAAACUCCUGGAGGUACGCAAGGGCACAUUCCUGGUUUUGCGUCGACACAUCGCCUUACGCACCAAACACUACUUCAUCAUGACUCUAUCCAAAAGAGGCUACAAUGGCAAGAUAACCUUCAACCAUCGAGAAGCAGAGCUCCACUUGACUGUCCAGCCUACUCAAGGAGAUGGUAUGGGCUCUCAAGACAUGAAAUCUCUUUCCGGAGGAGAGCGCUCUUUUUCCACUGUGUGUUUCAUCAUGGCUUUGUGGGAGAGCAUGGAGACGCCCUUCAGGGCCUUGGAUGAGUUUGACGUCUUCAUGGAUAUGGUGAACCGACGAAUCAGCAUGGAUCUGAUGCUAGCAGUUGCUAAGGAACAGCGAAUGAGGCAGUUCAUCUUCCUGACACCCCUGGAUAUGAGCAAAAUUACCGCCAGUCACCUGUUGCGGAUCUCACGGAUGCCAGACCCCAACACUGGCAACCAGAGUGUCUUGAACUUUGAGCCCGUCAACCGCAGAAAUGAUGGGGACGAGGACUGAGCCUUUGAAGAUAUUAGGGGUACAGAGAUGAGAAAAUGCCUUCAAGGUUUGCAUCUUAUGUUCUACACGCCACUGAGGAUCAUCGAAGUAUUUUUAUGAGGAAGCUGUACCACAUUUGAUGUACCUGUAGAAUUUUGUAAUUUAGGAAAAAACUAAAAUUUGUAUUGUUUUUAGUUACUGUAACAUAUUUUGCAGCACAGACGAUAGGCUUGUUGGAGUAAAUGUAUGAAUUGCAUUGCCCAAAUGUGGUGCAAGUAACUUAAAUCCUAUUCAUUACAUCACUCACUUAAUGAUAAGAAACUGAUUAUGUUUAGAGUUUUGUUUCAAUUAAGGCAUUUACAUAUAUUUUGACAAUACUGGGGCCAGGUCUCCAAAAUCGAACAAAGAGAACUGGGCCUUGUAACAAAAGACCAUAGUCGUCACAAAAGACCAGGCUGCUGGGUAUUACCAGC